AUGGAAGCAUCCAAGGUAGCACAGCAGCAGCAGCAGCAGCAGCAGCAGCAGCAGCAGCAGCAGCAGCAGCAGCAGCAGCAGCAGCAGCAGCAGCAGCUGCAGAAGCAUCAGCCUCAGCAGGCAGCGGCGGUCAAGGCAACCCAGAAGAUGCUUGUGGCAGCGGCCACACCAGCACACCAGCAGCAGGCGACAGCGGCGGGCAAGAAAUCACCUUUGAAGCCAAUCGCCGUGGCCAAGCCUACACAGCAGCAGGCUGUGGUGGGUAAGCCAAUGGUGCACGCAGCGCCAUCAGCUGCCAAGCUUCCACGGCAGCAGCAGCUGCAUGUUCAGCAGGCCGAUAAGCCACCACAACAGCAAGCGGGGCCUUCAAAGCCAACAGGGCAGCAGCCACAGCAGGCAGCGGCCAUGCCAGCGCAGCAGCAGCCCGGCACGGUGGCCAAGCCAGCACAGCAACAGCCCGUGGCGGCGGCCAAGCCAGCACAGCAGCAGCCCAUGGCAUCGGCCAAGCCCGCGCAGCAGCAACCCGUAGCGGCGGCCAUGCCAGCACAGCACCCAACCGUGGCGGCGGCCAAGCCAGCACAGCAGCAGCCUGUGGCGGCUGCCAAGCCGGCACAGCAGCAGCCUGUGGCGGCAGCCAAGCCAGCACAGCAGCAGCCCAUGGCAGCGGCAAAGCCAGCGCAGCAACCACCCGUGGCGGCAGCCAAGCCAGCACAGCCUCGCCCCGCAGCGGCGGCCAAGCCAGCACAGCAACAGCCCGUGGCGGCGGCCAAGCCAGCACAGCAGCAGCCCGUGGCAUCGGCCAAGCCCGCGCAGCAGCAACCCGUAGCGGCGGCCAAGCCAGCACAGCACCCAACCGUCGCGGCGGCCAAGCCAGCACAACAGCAGCCCACGGCGGCGGCCAAGCCAGCACAGCACCCGACCGUAGCGGCGGCCAAGCCAGCACAGCAGCAGCCCAUGGCAGCGGCAAAGCCAGCACAGCAACCACCCGUGGCGGGGGCCAAGCCAGCGCAGCAGCAGCCCGUGGCAGCGGCAAAGCCAGCGCAGCAGCAGCCCGUCGUGGCGGCCAAGCCAGCACAGCAGCAGCCCGUGGCAGCGGCCAAGCCAGCACAGCAGCAGCCCGUGGCGGCGGUCAAGCCAGCACAGCAGCAGCCCGUGGCGGCGGCCAAGCCAGCUGUGACGCAGGCUUUGCAGGCUCAGCAGCCGCAGGGCAUGCGGGUGGCAUCACCCCAGCGAGCGCAGCAGCAGUCGCAGCAGCCUCUGCAGCGAUGCGGACCAUCGGGCGUGGAGGUGCAGCCUGGCGACUCUAGCGGUGGCUUGCGGUUCACGGUCAAGAGCGUCUCAAAGCCUAACGUUGUGCGGAUUCCCCACCUGACGGCUGGCAAUGCGGUAGGGCAGCAGCAGCAGCAGCAGCAGCAGCAGCAGCAGCAGCAGCAGCAGCAGCAGCAGCAGCAGAAGCAGCAGCAGCUGAAGCAGCAGCAGCAGCAGCAGCAGCAGCAGCAGCAGCAGCAGCAGCAGCAGCAGCAGCAGCAGCAGCAGCAGCAGCAGCAGCAGCGUUCGCAGCAACAGCAGCAGCAGCAGCAGCAGCAGCAGCAGCAGCAGCAGCAGCAGCAGCAGCAGCAACAGCAGCAGCAGCAGCAGCAGCGUACGCACCAGCAACGUACGCAGCAGCAACUGAAGCAACAGCAGCAGCUGCAGCCGCAGCCGCAGCCACAGCCGCAGACGCAGCGACAGCCGCAGACGCAGACGCAGCAUCAGCAUCAGCAGCUGCAGCAGCUGAGGCAGCAGCAGCAGCAGCAGCAGCAGCAGCAGCAGCAGCAGCAGCAGCAGCAGCAGCAGCAGCAGCAGCAGCAGCAGCAGCGGCAACUGGACUCCAGCGACCGCACACGCAAACGCAAGCAGUCCCCUUGGGAUGUUCAGCCUGCCGCAGCCAAGGUGCAGGAACAACCCCUGAUUGCCUCGGCCAGUGUGGCCCCUGACAAGCUGCUUUGCAAGCGCGGGGAGCUGGAGCGCAGCAUCCUGAUGCUCAACGCCACCACGUCAGAGACGCUCGAGCUCGUCCGCGCCGACUCCGAGCAGCUGCUCGGCAGCGUCCAGGCCACCGCACAGCUAGCGGACCGCAUCGGCGGCCGCGUGCGGCGGCUGGACGCCGUGCAGACGCGCGUGCGCGAGGCGCUGGCGCUGGUUGACCUCAUCCUCGACCGCACCAGCUGCGUCAGCGGCGCGGGCGACUUUGAGGCGGCGGCCGGGUUCAUCGCCACGUUCCUGGAGCUUGAGCGGCGGCUGGCGGGGGCCGCGGGGGCGCUUUCGGACGACACUGGGCAGGUUGAGGAGCAGCGCCAGCUGCUGCUGGGCGCCAAGUCCCAGCUGGAGGGUGUCGUGGCGGCGCGGCUCGAGGAGGCGGUGGCGGCGCGAGACCACGGCGCCGUCGGCCUGGCGCGCUACCUGUCAUAUGUGCGCCUGGUGGUGGGCGGCAAAGCGCGGGACCUGUACACGGCGCUCUGCGACGCCCUCGACGGCACAGGCGCGGCGCCGGCGGCGCCGGGCGGCCGCGGCGCGGCAGCCAAGGGGCCCGCCGGUGUCGACUUUGGGCCCGCCGGUGUCGACUUUGUGGCGGCGAUGACGGGGCUGUUCCGGGAGCUGGCGAUGGCGGCUGAGCAGGACGAGAAGGAGCUGUCGUCCACCUUUGGCCCCCAGGCGUUGGUGGAGGUGGUGCUGGCCGUCCAGGGGGAGUGCGACACCCAGGGGCUGCGCAUGAUGCAGCGCUUCAUGGAGGCGCGGCGCGUCGCGCAGGUGGCGGCCGACGCGGCGCGGCACCAAUCGGGCGCUGGCGGCGGCAGGGGCGAGGGGCCCGACCCCAGGGCUGUGGAGCCUUUGGUUCAGGAGAUUGUUCUCCUGAUCCAGCGGUCUGAGGAGUAUAACACCUUCAUGCUCUCAAAGGUCAGGGCUGCGCUCACUGAGCACUUCGCGCAGCAGCAGCAUCAGAAGGAGCAGCAGCAGAAGGAGCAGGAGCAGAGGGAGCGGGAGCAGCAGCAGCAGCAGGCCGGCGGCGAGGCGGGCGGGGGGGCCGUCGAGCGGCGAGGGAGCGUCGGGGGAAGGGGCGACGCUGCAGGGGGGACCCCGACGGCGGUGGCGGCGGCGGCGGCUGCAGCGGCGGCGGAGGCACAGCAGCAGACGGCGGCGGCGAUGCAGGCGGCAGAGGCUAAGUACAGGCAAGCUUGA